UAAAUUAAUUUUUUAGUUGUAAAUAUAUUAAAUUAUAUAUCUAGAUCUAUGAUUUAGAAUUUGGUAAACAUCAUGAAAUUUGUUCUGUCCUGUCUUGAAGGUAGUGGCAAUAAAAAGAAUAAAAAAAAGAAAUCGGUAGCAGCAACUGAGAAAAAAGGAAGUCAAUCAUUACAGUUCAUCGCUGCUAUAAGUGCUUCUAUCUCAGGAAUAGGACUCGGUGCCUGCGAGACAUGGACAUCCCCAGCCCUACCUUACCUGAGGAGUCAAAAAUCGGAAUUUUCAGUCUCUGUCAUGCAGGGUUCCUGGAUAGCAUCAUUAUUCAGUCUCGGAGGAAUUUUUGGUUACCUAAUCUACCCCCUCUUGCUGGAUAGAAUAGGCCGCAAAAAUUGCCUUCUUCUAUUUUCUCUGCCUCAAAUAGCCGGAUGGGUAGCAACAAUUUUUGCAAGAGACUACCUCACUCUCUAUGUUUCAAGAGUCAUCAGUGGAGUUGGCUACUGUGCCUCCUUUGGGCCCCUAGUUAUCUACCUUGGAGAAAUCGCUGAUAAGGAAAUUAGAGGUGUCCUCCUCUUCAUUAUCAAAAUAUCAUACGACAUCGGAAUCCUCGUGGUCGUGUCAGCAGGUGCUUUCCUUUCCUACCACGGAAUGAACUACGUGAUGCUCUCCUUACCCCUCCUCUUUCUAUUCACGUUUUUAUUCAUGCCAGAAAGCCCUUAUUUUUACCUCAUAAGAGGUCAAGACAAGAAGGCAGUGAAAAGCUUGAUGAAACUUCAAGGGUUCAAAAAUUCUGACUCUGUUGAAUUAGAAAUCGAGAGGAUAAAGGCAGCAACACUUAAUAGUCGAAAUUCAGAAAAAAACAGUUUGUGGAAACUCUUCAACAUUAGGAGACAUCGAGCAGCCUUGAUGAUUGCCCUCUGUGCAGACAUUACAAAAGUAUUUUCUGGAUACUUUGCCAUUUUGGCUUAUACUCAAAUGAUUUUUGGCUACAGUGGAUUUUCACUUCCCCCUGAAUAUGCCACAAUUGUCAUGGUCGUUGUGAAAAUAAUUUCUGGUUUGUGUGCUUCUCAACUGAUUGACUCUCUUGGUAGAAGACUGUUGGUCAUAUUUUCAGGAAUGUUUGCAUCAAUCUCUCUUGCCACUGUGGGUGCAUUUUUUUAUCUUCAGCAUUUGGAAGUUGAAUUUCUAUCAUCGAUUAGCUGGAUGCCAUUGUUAGGAUUGACAAGCUUUGAAGUUUCUUGUGCUUUUGGAUUAAGUUCCAUGCCUUUUGUAUUGCUUGGGGAACUUUUUCCUACUGAUGUUAAAGGACCUGCAACAGCUUGUGUUACUGGUGUUACAGAAUUUUUGCUGUUUUUGGUCACUCUGGGAUUUGAGGUGCUGAAUCAGGCUGCCGGAAUUUAUACCAGUUUUUGGAUUUACUCGAUUUGUUGUUUCGUAGGGUCACUUACAUUGUUCUUUAUCAUGCCUGAAACGAAGGGAAGGAAUUUGGAAGAAAUUCAAGAAAUAUUGGAAAAGAAGAAAUGGCUUUCGGUUAAACCUGCAGGUUAACAUGAUGUAAAAUCUGUUCAUGUGAGACAGA